UCUUGCGACUGUUAAAGUCAUGUUUUUUAUAACCACAGAAUUUGUUAUCCUCUCCUCGUUGUUAAUUUUGCCAUCUUCUCUGGGAGACCUCGGAAGUGGCCAUGAGAACCUAUUCAAUAUUCAACAUGUCAAAUCCAAAUUAUUCGUCGACCCCGACGGAAAAAUGGUACCGUCCCAGCAAAAAGCCGCAAAGUUCGCGUUUUUGCGUACCACUUUGAACUACGUAGAGAUCUUCGACCCGUCGACAAAGAAGGGCUUUGAUGUUGAAAAUGGAUGCUCGGGGCGAAACGUCAUUUUGUUUCCACUUCGCGUCGACGCUGACAACCAACAGUUUAUCUACAACGGCGAUAAAACCAUUUCAUCCAAAUGCAACCCCGCCAAAGUCGUGGCAAUAGAUUUUAACCAGCAUCGUUUGUUCCUGGCUGAGAAAAAUCCAAAUCAUCUGGAAAUGUAUCAGUUCGAUAAAAUCUAUGCCGGCUUUAUGUAGUGUAUUUGUUGCUAAUAUACCACUAAAUAUACCUCUAGUG